AAUAUUAAAUCUGAUGUCACUUUUUAGCAAAAAUCAACACAAAAUUUGAAAUUUUUGCAUUUUUAAUAGUUUUUACCGAAGAAAUUGCUCUUAAAUCAUGGCUGAUCCCAAAUUUGCCAAUCUGCCUUUCAUCGCACACGACCAACCCGAUGUUUACGAGACAGAAGUCACAGAAGGAGGAACUUCGGAUUUUUACGAAGAAGAGCCCGAAAACGAGUGUAUCGAACGCUUGCACAUCAGCACGAAAGACUCUUUCAACAAGUUCAAGGGCAAAUACUUGACGGGCAAGGUCGAUUUUUCCGAUAGUGUCGGCAAAAAGAUCCGCAUUGGCUACGAUGCUGCUUCCGUGGACUACGAACUUGCGGGCGAGGGUGAAAAAGAGACUCCCAUGCAAAAAUAUCGUCGUUUGCAAUGCGAAAUGGACGAAUUAAUAACGGAAGUUGUGGCGCUGAAGGCCGAACAAACGACCAGCAAGGAGGAAAAGGAAUCUUUCGAGGCAAUCAGUAACGUUGUCGGAGCUUCGAAGAAACUUCUCGAGAGUUUGCGUCUGGAACAGGUGCUCGGAAAAGAAACAACUGCCAAAAACGCGGAUCUCGAUGUGAAAAAUUUACUCAAAGAAGUGGAGGCUUAUAAGAAAAGUGGGGCGGAUGCAUCGGCACCCAUUCGAACGAUCACGGAAAAUGAUUUGGCGCGUUCGACACGAAUUGCGGACCUGGAGCAUCGUUUACAUGAGUUGGAAAGUGUGGUAGGUGCAAAACCCGAUAAGCUGAGUCGUCUUGCGAGUUCUCUCGGGACAACAAAUUUGCUCGAGGCUGUGCAGCAAAUUUCUACAAAGGCAGCGCUUUUGCAACCAUCGCAAUUGGACGUGAUCGAGGGGCGUUUAACGAAUAUCGCGAAUAAAAUGGAUGCCAUCAACGAGAAAGCAAGUGGGACUUCGCAGGAUUCGGCUCGUGAACAGAAGAUUUCUGAGCUUUAUGACAUGGCAAAAGCCGCGGAACAAGUCGUUCCCAUACUUCCGGAUAUCCUUCAACGCAUGCAAGCCUUGGAAUCUCUCCAUAAAUACGCGACCAACUUUAGUAAACUUUUCGCUGAAUUAGAAGCCACGCAAGCCGACAUCUUGAGUGGCGUCUCAAACAACAAAGCCUUGCUCGACGGGGUCCAAGAAGCUUUCGCAAUCAAUUUAGUGUCAAUCAACGAACAAGUGAAGAACUUGGAAGAACGCGUCAAGAAAGUUUCCAUUCCAAAAAAAUAAAUUUCGUAAAUUAUUCUGCUUAAAAAGUAUUUAAAAAUGUAGCUUGAUAUCAAAUAAAAGGCUAAAAAAUGCAUCGUUUUGCAAUAUAAAAUUUAUUUGUUUGA